AUGGAAUACCAACAAGCCUGCGUGACGACAGGCGCCAGUGGGCAUCCCAUAUAUGCACACCACAUUCAAGGGUACACGCAUGCACAGCCUGUGUGGUCGGCCUUACCACAGUAUUCGUAUGCCUAUGAGCAGCACACACUCUCUCCGACAGCAGGAGACACUUUCGCCCAUGCUCGAGUGAUGAGUUCGGGCCACACAACGCCAGCUGAGCCGAUAGUAGUUGAUGGACACAAUGGGUAUGCCCCGAUCCCACCAGGGCAUCCUGCGAUGUACCGUAACGGUGUUGAGGUCGACUACGGGCAAUCUGUUCCCCCAACUGUAGAGUUCAACGUUGAUGAACUUCUGGAGUACCAAAGACGGCGCAGCAGUGCCACAUCCGAGGAGAAGGAAUCUCUAACACCAGCACAGCGUAGGCGGAAGGCACAGAAUCGGGCUGCCCAACGAGCGUUUCGAGAUCGCAAACGCCAGCGAGUACAAGAACUAGAAGCUCAAUUGUCGGCUCUAGAGGUACGGACCAACUCUCUGGAAUCGGAUAACGAGAAAUUGAGACACGAGCUGCUCCGUACAAAGGAAGAAAACGAAGUCCUACGAGGCAUUAAGCAACCCCUGUCGCCGAACCACGUUAUGAGGGCCGACCGACGCAGAACAGUAACAACAAUAGACAGGAUUAAUAUAGACCUACCAGCCCAAUAA